GAAAGGUCAAAAUAACGAGUUUGCGCAACAACAAAACAAAAAACAAUUUUCCUAAAUCUCUUCGAAUCACACAAUCACCCGGACAGCAGUACUCCUGCGCAUAUUUAUCUUCUGUGUCUGGCCUCUUUUUGAAAACAAAAAAAAAACAAAAAAGAAGAUGUCCUCAAUGCGCAACGCCGUCGCUCGGCGGCCUCAUCGAGAACGUGCGCAGCCUGGGAACCGUGAGAAAUGGGGCAUCCUCGAAAAACACAAGGACUACUCCCUCCGAGCACAAGAUUACAACCUCAAGAAGAAAAAACUGUCGCAACUCUCGCAGAAAGCGCGAGAGCGGAACCCAGAUGAAUUCGCCUUUGGCAUGUUGAGCCAGGGCAAGGCCGGACUGGGGAAACACAAGGCUUCGGCCAGAAGUGGUGACGGGACUUCCACCGCCGGAGCACCAUUGAGUCACGACGCGGUCAAGCUGUUAAAGACGCAGGAUGCAGGGUAUUUGAGAACGGUCGCGGCCAAGGGAAGGAGAGAAAUUGAGAGACUAAAGGAAGAAGUUGGGUUGGAUGCGGUCACGCUGAGUUCGAAGGGUGGCAAGCACAAGAGGUUUGACACGGAGGAGCAGCAACAGGACAUCAUGUCUACGACUACUACUACGAAAGGGAAGAAACGUACAUCGAGUGGCGAGGUUGUUGUCACCCGUGAUGUCUUGUCAGGUUUCCCCGUGGUCGAAGAAACGAAUGCUGUGUUGGUGGAGGUGAAGUCCGCACCGGAAGAAGAAGACGACGACGAACGGCAGAUUCAGAUCGAACAAACAAGAACAAAACCAAAGUCCAAGAAAGCCCUCUUGGCAGAACAAGACGCUGCGGCACGUCUACGGACAGCGCGCAAGAAGAGGCAACGACUGCAAGAGAUGAGGGCGGCCAAGCUGGAGGCGUUGAAGAAGAGGCAGCGCGAGGUCCUCGCUGCGGCGGACCAGUUGGAUCUACAACGUGCCAAAAUGGCCAGGACGGUGGGGGGAGUCAACAAGAAUGGUCUCAAGUUCAAGAUUCGGGAGCGGAAAAAGUAAUGCUGUGCCGGGGUACCUAGGUAUAGGUGGAAGCCUACCUACUAGUCAAGGAUGCCGGUGCAGUACUCGUCCUCGUGCCAUGAUGAUGGAAAUGAUCUUCAACGACCAAUGACCGAUGUUUCUGUCUUUUUCUUUGGCAUGCUCUCUUGGCUAUUUCUACUUCUACCCCUACCUCUACUCUAACUUGUAAGUAUGGUUUCCACUGCCAACAGUCGCUCGCAGCUAUGUACACCGUCCAUGUUGGACCGACUCAAACACCUGCCGCGACGGCUUUGGUGACCACUUUGCUGAAAUCAGGCUCCUUGCCCAGAAGGAAGCCCAUGCCCUCGACUUGUUCCUUUCGGAAUGUCUCACUGGCCUUCAAGAAUGGGAAGAAUCCCCAGUGGCCGUGAGGCAGACCUGGGUACACGUUCAUUUUGGUCUUGAUGCCGUACUCCUCCCUCAGGACGCGCUCAUAAACGAUCCCGUCGUCCCGCAGUGGGUCCAUCCCGUCAAUCUGGAAGAAAGCCGGAGGUAAAUUGGCGUGGCCCUUUGGAUGGUUGAAUGCAGCAUACCAGACGCCGUCAUCGUCGUCAGGUUGGUAGCCCCUCAUGAACAUGUCAAUGGCCGCCACGGGCAGUACAGGCGCAUCUUUGUUUUGCUUGUACGACAAAAAGUACUUUUUGUAUUUCUCUGGGACCCUGGUGUCGGGGACGAGAGCCGGGAUGGCCAGAUAUUCGCCCGUCAGUGGAGGUGAUAGUUUCUCGUCUCGAGCAACAUGUGCCAGCACAGCCGUGAUGUUGCCGCCAGCCGACGUACCACCUAUGACAAACCCAACAGAGGGAUCGGCACCCCAAGAUUUGGCUUUUUCGGCCGCCCAUCUCAAACAGUCCCACGAGUCCUUGACGGCAUAGGGAAACUUCCACUCCGGUCCCAGGCGGUAGGUGGCCGAGAUGCAGACGGCCCCGAAGGCUUGCACAAAGUUCCGGCACGUCUGUUCUUCGCCUUCGGGAGCACCGAUGCAAAAACCGCCGCCAUGGUACAUGACGAUCAGGGGACUACCUCCCUUGGGAGGCGUAGUCGGCUGAUAGAGCUUUGCGCGGAUCUUGGAACCAUCGCUGGUAGGGUAGUGGAGCUCGGUUUGCUUGAUUUCCGGCGGUGGUUGCCCCAGGGCUUCCAUCGCAGCGGCAUUGCGCUUCUCAACCAUGACCUUGAAGUCGUCCAGGUCGUCAUAAUUGACUGGUGGAAGAUUGGCUUUCUCCAAGAACUAUAUACUUCAUUAAACCACGGUGUGAGGACUCGGAGGGGGG